UGACGCAAUUCUCUCUGAGCUCACUUCCGGAGGAGAAGGGAGAAAGACAGGCCUUCCGGAGAGAGAGGGAGGAGGAGGUAACCUCUGAACAAAUCUUGCAAAGAACACCUUGUGAGAGCUCUGCCCUAGGGAUGCUCUAAGUCUGAAAUGACUUGCAGCUACACAGCAAUGACAAGACCAAGAAAUAAAUAGAAGAAAAAUAUAUUUCAGGCUACAUACCUGUCUAAUCAAGGGGGAAAGGGAAGCCUGUGCUGUGAAAAAAAGGGCUUAGGAAAGAGACCAGAAGACAGCAGCAAUACAAAGACUGAGAAGAAGAAAUAUUAUUCCCUUCAAGAGUUCAUAUCUGUACCCUUCUGGCUAAUAUUUGAAUCAUAAAUUUAAAGGAAUGGAAAGCCUUCUGCAUCCCUAUUCCACAUUACGCUCAGGGGGAAAGUUUCAUCAGUGUAUGGAAUGUGGAAAAUGUUUCACUGGGAGAAGUUAUCUUACUGUACAUGAACGGACCCACACUAGGGAGAAGCCCUUUGAAUGCAUAGAAUGUGGAAGGAGAUUCAGUCGAAGUGACAAUCUCUUUACUCAUCAGAGGACCCACACUGGGGAGAAGCCAUAUAAAUGCACGGAAUGUGGAAAGAGCUUCAGUCGGAGUGACAAUCUAUAUUCCCAUCAAAGGCGCCACACAGGAGAGAAGCCAUAUAAAUGCAUGGAAUGUGGAAUGGGCUUCUGUCGCAGUGAAGAUCUGUGUUCACAUCAAAGGACCCACACAGAGGAGAAGCCAUAUGAAUGCACUGAAUGUUUAAAGAGGUUCAGUUCUAGUAGCAAUCUGUGUUCCCAUCAAAGGACCCACACAGGGGAGAAGCCCUAUAAAUGCAUGGAAUGUGGAAAGAGCUUUGCUUCUAGCACCAAUCUGUGUUCCCAUCAAAGGUUCCACACAGGGGAGAAGCCACAUAAAUGCAUGGAAUGUGGAAAGAGCUUCUGUCUCAGUGGAGAUCUGCGUUCGCAUCAAAGGAUCCACACAGGAGAGAAACCAUAUCAAUGUAUGGAAUGUAAAAAGACUUUCAGUUCCAGUAGCAAUCUGUGUUCCCAUCAAAGGUUCCACACAGAGAAGAGGCCACAUAAAUGCAUGGAAUGUGGAAAGAGCUUCUGUCUCAGUGGGGAUCUCCGUUCGCAUCAAAGGACCCACACUGGAGAGAGGCCAUAUCAAUGCAUGGAAUGUGGAAAGAAGUUCAGUAGGAGUAGCAAUCUGUGUUCCCAUCAACGGAUCCACACAGGGGAGAAGCCACAUAAAUGCUUGGAAUGUGAAAAGAGCUUCUAUCACAGUAGAGAUCUGCGUUCGCAUCAAAUGACCCACACUGGAGAGAAGCCAUAUCAAUGCAUGGAAUGUGGAAAGAGCUCAUUGGACAUCAAGCACAAUAGCCUAAUGAUGUAGCAAACCAAGGGGAAGAGAAGAGAAAGACUGGACCACUUGAGAAGAGUCCGUUGCUUGCAGACGCCAGCCAGAUUCCAAUAAAUUGUUCAAUCUGCAAAGAGGAGGACUGAGACUGUAUGGCACUUUUAGUUAUUAAACCUCAUAGAUGCUGCCAGCCAUCAAAUGUCCAGCGUCAUCAUCAAAGAAGGCCACCGGCUCAAGCAAUGGGGGAUUCUGGGAGAAGGUACCGGGGCCCACCUGGUGAACAAAGAGAAGACCAGGCUGCUCACCAAGGAGGAACUUGUGGGACCAGAUGGAGCCAUCAAGGCGCAUGAGGUUCUGCGUCAAGUUGCCACCACUGGAUUGAUGGUGCCCAGAGAUGACGCGGUCAUGCUGUUGGCCAACCACUCCACGAAGAGCGUGCCUGCAGACCAUUUCCUCCAUCCUGACACUGGGAAAGUGCUUCCCAUCGCUGGGAACAUUGGCUUCGAUCCCAUCAGCUUUAAGCUCAUACCUAUGGUGGACUUGGCAUCUGGUGAGCUCCGUAACUCCGCGAUGCCCAUCUUCCCCUACGUCCCGUACCCCAUCUGCCCCAGCACCGGCCUCCCGGUCAAAAGCAACAUGCCCGUCCUGCAGCCGGAGAAGGUGUUCCAGCUGGGGGGCUUCAUGCAGGACCCAGCGUCGGGGAUCGAGGUGCCGAUCCUCGCAGUGACCCUUCACCCCCAGACGGGCCAGCGGCUGACCUUGGGCGGGACCUACCUGAACCCUCUGACGGGAACGGUGUCCCCGCUUGAGAUCGGGGCGCCCAUGAGAGACCCGGAAGGAGGCAGGAUCGUUCCCAUCCUCGGAGUCGCUUUGGAUAGCCACACAGGGGAUGUCCUUCCAUUGGGGGGGCUGCAGGGCCCCUCGGAGACCCUCCUGCAGGUCGGGGAUUCCUUCGUGGAGCCUCUGAGCGGGAAGGCGGCCCGGGCGCAAGGCCUGUGCCUCCAGCGAGGAAAGGCGGUCCCCCACGGAGGGGGCUUUGGGGCCGUCUUGGAGGGCAACGUGCUCCUCUCCCAGAUCCGGGCAGCCAAAGCCCUCCAGGAUUAUAAAGAGUCCCUUUGGGGGGAUCGGUGCCCGGCCGGAGAUGGACAACGGGCCCUCAAGGCAGCGGAGGAAGAUGUGGUGAAGGCCCUCUCCUGCAAGAUGCAGCACGUGGUGCACUGGAUGCAGAGGAUGGAGAAGCAGCAAGAGUGGGCCUCCCACAUGAAGCGCACCGGGGGAAAGCUAGGGAUGGUGAGAUAUCCCAGCACAGACCUGUGGGUCCCGGCCAUUUUUGGGAUGGGGAUCCCGGAUCCGGGGGGUUCCGGCUUGACCGUUCCCAUCCUGGGAGUGGAGUGCGACUGGAGAACUGGGCAGCCGGUUCCUCUAGCCGGGACCAUGGAAGACGCCGACGGAAAAGGUCUCGUUCCUCUUGCCAUUGGCUUCCGAACCAUUGACCCCAUAACAGGGGAGACGGGUCCGGUCAUCGGGGCUCAAAUCAAUCCUUGGACCACGGCGGUCAUCCCCAUCGUCCAGUCCCUAGGAAGCUUGCCAAGGGGAAGCCCAGACCCAGAACUGACGGAUGCCUUGGAGACGGAGGUGGCAGCCAAGCAACGGUUCUGGCGUGGCCAAAGAGAAAAGGAAGAGGAGCUCCUCAAAGAGUUGGACUUCUUGCGCCUGGACAUCUUGGAGGCCGCCAAGGAAGGGAAGAUGAACAAGUUAAGAUACAAGGACAAAUUAAAACCCGCCGAAGAGAUCUAUCGCUCCCUGGAAGAGUCCUCAAACCAAGAAGCUCAACGGAGAGCCAACAGACAACUGAAGGCACCGCGGGACUCCAAACCAUCUCUGCAAAUGAGAGUCAAGAAGGACGAGAGAGACCAGGAGGCCAGAGUCCAGGUUUUGCUGAGGAAGACGCUGGAAAAGCUGGUGCAGUUUGUCCGAAAGGUCCAGCUGGACGAAGGACGGAUCCAGAUGCAGCUGAAGGAGGUGGAGCGGCAACGGAGCAGCAGCCUCCAGAUUUUGGAAACGCUUCAAGAGACAUCUAGGAAGACAACUUUGCAUCUCGUGGCUGCAUUUGAGGAGCACAUGGCAAAGCACCAAGCCAAUGUUGAGAGGGCCUGCUGCAGGCUGGAAUACCUCCGAUACUUGUUGGAGACGGUGGCUCUACAGACAAAGGAUCUCCAUUCUGGCUCGUCCCAGUGCUUUGUGAAUUAUCCCAGUUGGAGGUUUUACGGUGCGGCUGGUGCUCCGCAGGGGACCUGGGAGGUCAUCAAUCGGAAACUCAUCCCGUUGCUCAGAUCUGUACUCGAGACGUUGAAAGAGAGCAAAAGGAGCCCUUUGUCCCCCGAGGUGCUGGUGGGCCUGGGCUCUGAAAAAGGCUACUCCUCCAGAAGCACCUUGAAGGUCUCCGAAGUGACCGGCGAAGCAUUUCGGGUCCAAACAAGGCAGGAAGGGGUCCCUAUUGCUGCAGCACUCUCUCCUUCCGUGGCCUCGCCAAAAAGGUCCCAACUCCUGCAAGAAAUCCAGGCAAGGAUCGUCUUAGAGAAACACGGCAGUGAAAUGUUGCACCUUGAGCUGUCCUUAAUGGCCGAGGAGAUCCACAUGAUCACUUGCUUCUGGGAAUCAUCCAGACCGAAGAAGAACCUGGGCACGAACUUAGAAGGAUCCAAGGAGUGGGACAGGCUCUUGAAAGAGCUGGCCGAAUAUCAUCGCCACUCGGAAGAAGAGCUGUGCCGGCAACACUCGGAGGACGUCAAACAUGCCGGAUUCGGCCCGGAAGGGAUCGCCUUCCAAGAUGGAGCUUUGUUCUCUCAGGAGGAGAUCCUGCAAAACCUUGUGUCGCUCCAUUUGGAUCUACAAAAGGCCGACUCCUCCCUGACGAUGGAAGCUUCAAAAGAAAAUAAUAAUGAAACCCAGAUUGCAGAAGCCAAGCUCAGUCCAGCGGGAUCAACUUCCCAGAAGGAUCAAGCCAUGGCAAGGAAGGUGGUGAAACAAGAAGCCCUGAAGCAAAUAUACAUACACAGGGUUUUGGACCAUUACAGCAACCUCCAGAGAAAGGCUUGUCCAGAAGAGGUUUUGCAAGCCCUGGAACCCUUCUGUACAGGGGAAAUGGUGGCCCGGGAUGUGGUUCAGUCUGUUGAAAAGCAGCAAGUGGAGAGAGCUGUGGCUUUCCUCCAGAAGCAGAGCCAAGAGGAGGAAGACUUGUCCGCUUCUUGCAGCGAAAAGGAUGAAGCAAAGCUCAGAAAGCUUCAGGCGCUGAUCCGGAUGGAGUUGCAAACCCAGAUAGAGGAGAAGGUUGUGGGUCAACUACAACUCCCAGAAAUGAAGUUGGAAGCCAAAGAAACAGAAAUCGUCUUGGAAGCCAUGAAACCCAACACAAGCCUCUCUGCCCAUUUCAUUGUGUGUUUCCUUCUGAGUCGCCGGCACUUGAGGCAAGCCGUUCUGGUGUUGGAAGCCAACCUUGAGCUCCAGGAAACCGGACUAAAGACUCAAGGCGAUGGGAGCUCCGUGGAAGACUUGGCCCUGGAUGACCCAUUGGUGGAUCAAAAUACAAAAGCAGUUGUCCACCUGUUGAAGGAGAAGAAGGACUAUGUCUACUCUGUGCUUCAGUUGCUGCAAGCGUCCCAGAUGCUCCAGUUGAGAGAGAGGCAGUUUCAGGAGAUGGUCCAGAAACUGAAAGCUCAUUCUUCAGACCAGCAUCUGGAAGAGGCAGACCAAAUGGUCAGAGAACUUCAAGAGUUCAGGCAACGCAAAACGAAGGAGCUGGAGGAGAAUCUGAGAACUUCCCUAAAGAGCCCCAGAACACAAGAAGGUCGUUCAAAGAAUCCCAAUGAUCUCCAGAGUGAAAGGCCCCUGUUAGAAAAAGAUCAUAAGCGAGAAGGAAAGGAGAGAUGGCAGAGUUUCCAACAAACCUGGUUGGUCGAGCUGGAGGAAACGUACAGGGGCCAGAUAUCAGAGGAGAAAGCAAGACUCCAAGAUCAGUUGGAAAAAGGAGAACUCAAGAAAUGGUCAAAACAGGGCCCAAUAGCCUUUGAGGACGUGGCUGUCCAUUUCUCCCUGGAGGAGUGGGUUCUUCUGAACCCUGAUCAGAAAGCCCUGCAUGUGCAGAUCAUGGAGGAGAUUCAUGGGAUUGUAGACUCUCUUGGUAAGGUUGCCACAAUGAUAGGGAUUUCUGUUUCAAAAUGCAGUAUUAUCCUAAAUCAUCACAGUCACUGAGGGUCCUUAAGGCAGGGCUAAUGUUAGAAAUAUAUGACAUAAGAGUAGUAGUAGUAGUAGUAAUAGUAAUAAUAAUAAUCCAGACUGACAAAGUUCUGGAACACAACACACCAGACAUCACAGUUGUGGAAAAGGAAAAGGUUUGGAUCAUUGAUGUUGCCAUCCCAGGUGACUGUCUCAUUGACGAAAAACAACAGGAAAAACUCUGCCGCUAUUAGGACGUCAAGAUUGAACUUCAAGGACUCUGGCAGAAACCAGUGCAGGUGGUCCCGGUGGUGAUGGGCACACUGGGUGCUGUGCCAAAAGAUCUCAGCCGGCAUUUGGAAACAAUAGACAUUGACAAAAUUACGAUCUGCCAACUGCAAAAGGCCACCCUACUGGGAUCUGCAUGCAUCAUCCGAAAAUACAUCACACAGUCCUAGACACUUGGGAAGCGUUCAACUUGUGAUUUUGUGAAAUGAAAUCCAGCAUAUCUAUCUUGUGUCAUACAAUAAUAAUAAUAAUAAUAAUAUAUAAAUAUAUAAAAAUAUUAUUAUUAUUAUUAUUAUUAUUAUAUCCCACUUUUCUCCCUCAAGGGACCCAAAGUGGCUUACAGCAUAUUAAUAGCAUACAUAUGUCAGUACAAAUGCAUAUAUAAAACAAAUCAAUCAAUCAAUAAACAUAAAACAUCUUAAAAUACAAAAUUUAAAAGCCAGAUAUAUUCAUGUGUCAUUUUACCGAGUUAUACUGCACUUUGUUCUAGUUGAUAUACUUAUGGCAUUUUCUUGCAGUUGAGCCUAUAUUUCUUCUAAAUUUCUUCACUAAACAAAAAGGUUUUUAGCUGAUUCUUGAACGAAUCAGCUAAACAUGGACGUUGAAGUCCCCGACCACUAUUAGCCGCUGGGACUGAAAUGCCAGGCCCGAAACCAGGGAGACUGUUGUGCAGCAGGGUGGUCGGGACACAAGCAGAAUCCCCAAUCUGUCCCGGUUACCCACUUUCAGAUGGACACAUUCGAAACCAGUAGAUAGCGGGAUGGGGCAUCUGACCAGAGAGAUGGAAUGACGAUAGACCACUGCAAACCCUGUGGACAAAGAGAUAGAUGAAUCACUGAGCCUUUAAUUAAGUAUAUCUUAAGUACAAGAUAAACACAACACUUCUUACCUCGCUGCGAGUGACUACAAUUCUGACCAGUGUUGAAUCAUCCGUUCCCGCUCCUUUCAUGGCAUGAUAAAGUCUCUCUGCAAAAUAGGCUGGGCGAUUCAAGGCACACUGCACUGCAAGGAAACAGAUCUGCAUUAAUGUCCAUGUUAAGAUCCAUAGCUCACACCAGCUCUGAUUCUAGCAGCAACUUUCAACCUUAUGGUGAUCCCAAAGCAAACCUAUCACAGGUUUGUUUCUUGGCGAGAUUUGUUCAGAGGGAGGUUGCCUUUGCUUUCCUCUGAGACUCAGAGUGACUUCACCCACUGGGUUCCUGUGGUUAAGUAGAGAUUUGUACUCUCCCAGAGUCUUAGUACAACAUUCAACCCACUACAUCACACUGAUUUAAUUCAAACUGCAAUUUUUUCUCAACUUAUACACGUUCGCAUUUGUCAUCCAGAAUGAUGUUCACAUCAUUCAUCCAGAAGGAAUGAUUGUGUCUUAAUGUUAAGCAAAACGCAUAGUUAAGCGAAUUCUGUUUUGAAAAAAAAAGUCUUAAAUAUGCAAAGUAAUGAUAUUUGCAGUUGCCCUCUUAUUCUGUAGACUUGGUUCCACUUGUCUGGUAUGGGGAAGAACUUCGGCUUAGAAAUGGAGAUGAGCACCAACCCCCAGAGUGUGAGUAGAUCAAUAGGUAGGUGGGAAGGUAAUGGCGCUCCAUGCAGUCAUGCCUAUGGCUACAUGACUUUGGAGGUGUCUAUUAGAGAGAACAAGAUCCUGCAGAUAGUACCUAGGAGAGCUUUUCCCCAGAACCCAUAAACCCAACAGAACUGUUUAACACAAGAUAAUUCUCAAAAGAAAAAAAGACAGGUGCUACAACAUUAUCAUCAUCAUCAUAUUUAUUUAUACCCUGCUUUAUCUCCCCCAAAGGGACUCAAAGCGGCUUAGCAUAAAAGGAUCACCAUAACCAUUUAAAAUAUACAAAUAUACAAACAUUAAAACAGGAUUAAAUACAAGCAGUAUUAAAAAUAUUUUCAGAUAUUAAUUGUUUUAUGAAUGAAUGAAUGACGGGCUUAUAGAGAUAACAAUACUGUGUAAUAUAAGAAACCUUUCCCCAGAAGAUUCCACUAUCUCUCUUCUGGUCAGCUUGCUCCAAAGAUCCAUGGUGUGCAGGACCCAUAAGCUGCUUCAUGGUAUAGGGUAAGAAAUAUCCCAACUAUGCUUCUGCUUUAGUCUGAGUUCCGACCCAAUCCUGUUAUGGUAGAGCACUACAAUGUGAAUAUUUAACUCAAAAUAUUAAAUUACUCAAUUUCCCACCCAAAAAAUAGCCUUUUACAGUCUGCUGGCAAAAGUGUGAUUAACUUCAAGAAAUCAUUUGCUGUGUCUAUUUCCAGAAAAUAAGAGUGGGAAAGAAGGAGGGAUGAGAAGGAGGAAGGGAAGAUUGGGGUUGUUGUAUGUCUUUCGGGCUGUGUGGCCAUGUUCCAGAAGCAUUCUCUCCUGACGUUUCGCCCACAUCUAUGGCAGGCAUCCAUAGAUGGCAUCUAUGCCUGCCAUAGAUGUGGGCGAAACGUCAGGAGAGAAUGCUUCUGGAACAUGGCCACACAGCCCGAAAGACAUACAACAACCCUGUGAUCCCGGCCAUGAAAGCCUUCGACAACACAUUGAAGGGAAGAUUGAUGGACUUGUCCUCAAUUUCUCAAUGGACAUUCAGUUUAUAGUAGGCCAUUGUAUUUUCUUUGUAGAGUUACUGAUAGCAAAGAAGUGGUAUAUUUGUAAAAGGUUUUGAUAUCAAGCUAUAUCUGUCAGUUGGUUAAGACUUGAGUGUAUUGAUUCAUCUGGAAGAGUGUGUACAUUUCUUUGAUGGAGAAUUAAGUUAUCACAACACUGUUUCUCUACAGAGGGACAUGAAAGGGACAGAAAGAAUCAGCUGAUAUGAUUUUUGUAAUCUGGAAGUUUUAUAAAGCAAGAAGGAAAGAAAAAAGGGGUUAAAGUGCAUCAACUAAAAGUGUGCAGCAAAGUGAUACUUAGUGUUCUGCUUCAGUGAGCAGACUGUUUAUUUCAGUUAGGAAAUAUGUCUAGAUAAAAACAAUUUUAUAAACAUUGCUUUUCUUCCUAUUCUCCCUGUAAGUUUCACACAACAUAUAACACUGGUCUUUGAAAAGCCAAUUGUAUUGAAUAACAAUUUGGGUGUCUGAAACUUUCAUGUUUAUGCUAGCAGCCAGAGGAUAUCUCAAUUUUGGUCUAAAAAAUUCAAAUGAAAAGUGAGGCAUUGAUGUGUAUGCCAUUAAUUUGUUUCAUCAGUAGAGGUAACUUUAUUAUUCCAGUCAAGCUAGUGCAGGUUGGACAUGAAACUCCUGACAUGCAGACACCGUAAAGUCUCCAAACUCAUCAAAUUUACUUUGAGUAAUUUAUACCAUCCAAAGUGUAUCUAAACUGACCAGAAAUGUGAAAAUGUGCAUCUUGUCUGUGCAACCUCUCAGUUCUCCUCCCCCAAAAUUAAAAUAUUGGUAGGAUCCAAAAUAGACUAACAAUAAGUGGGAAGUGAUGAUUCCCAGGCAAUUAUUUGCCUCCAAACCACCACAAGUCCUUCCAAGCUACCUGAAAAUACAUUUUGCAUUUUCCCCUUUCAAUUUAUUUUUGUUCGUUUCAGGAGCAACCGGAAUUGCUUCUGGAGUGAGAGAAUUGGCCGUCUGCAAGGACGUUGCCCAGGGGACGCCCGGAUGUUUUUGAUGUUUUUUUACCAUCCUUGUGGGAGGCUUCUCUCAUGUCCCCGCAUGGAGCUGGAGCUGAUAGAGGGAGCGCAUCCGCGCUCUCCCCGGGUGGGAUUCAAACCUGGCAGCUUUCAGGUCAGCAACCCAACCUUCAAGUCAAGAGGCUUUUAUCCCCUAGGCCACGGGGGCUCCUUCCCCUUUCAAUAAUAAUAAUAAUAAUAAUAAUAAUAAUAAUAAUAAUAAUAAUGCGGUUUUCUGGCAUUGUAUAUUUCUGCCGCUUCUGUGACUGUUCAUUUGGGUUUUGAUGAUUCCGUAGCCCACUUGUCGAUGGAUGUCCAGAAUCAGCAGCAUCCACCGCAGUCCUUUUUAUCCUGGGCGACGACCGAGCCAGUAUAGACUUCGUUUGGGUUUGAUUCUCCAUAAUGCUAAUGGGUUAGGUGCUCUUAAUUCUGCUCCUCAGCUGAGACCUCUCUGGCUUGGUUGGACCUGCCGGUAGUUACACUACCGCCAGCACAGCCCUCAGUCAUCAUUGGAGCAGUUAAGCCCCCCCCACCUUGUUUGCUUGUUUCUUGUAUCUUGUUUGCUGUGUCAUACAACGUCGUUGUGUCAAUAAUAAUAAUAAUAAUAAUAAUAAUAAUAAUAAUAAUAAUAAUAAUACUUUAUUUAUAUACCUCCCUAUCUCCUGGAUGGGACUCAGGGCGGUUUCCAAUCAUAAAAACGACACAAACAUUACAUAACAAUAUAAUAAUACAUUAUUAAGCAAAGUAAAAAUACAGUUAUAGAAAUAAAUAACACUUACAUGACCUGAUCAAGGGGACGGGAACCAUAAACCCAAUAUAUUAAAAUGUAUCAUUUUAAGUUAGAGAAAUCUUGUGCAACCACCCUAAGUUCCCAAAACUGCUUGGAAUGUCACAGAUUGCUUCAAGCAAUGUGAUAUCACUGUUGGUGUGCUAUGAGUGCACCAGUGAAGCCCAUGAUAAUGUGUGCGUGUGUGUGCAGGGGGGGGGGGGGGAUUGAUCCAUCUCCUGUGAAAUUCAUGUAAAGUUUUUCUGCACAGAUAUCUCACACAACUUGAAAACUCAAUAAUAUCUUUUUUCUAUUUCUCCACAAAAAAGAAGUGCUGUGUAGAUAUUAUGCUUCUGACUAUGAGUCUCAGAAAUGUCCCAUCCAGAAAUAUGGGUGUAACGGAAAGCCUUAUUUUAUUGGUGAUUUUUGUUUAUGUUAUUUAAUGUUGAUUCAGUGAUAAAGGUGGGCAGGAGUUAGCUACUGAUGAUUGCCUAUGUGUCACCAUGGUAACGUAGCUGCUUCUGUAGAAAUGUAACCAUUUUGAAGCUAGCACGAAAGGGGCGGAGCUAACUGGAUGAGAAAAGGAGGGAAUGUUUUAAAAAGAGGAGUUAGUUAUUGGAGUUCUCUAGACGGUGAGCUAGAAAGAAGAUGUCUGAAGUCAGUUAGGUUUAGGUUUCCAGUGAGACAGAGCUGAGGAAAAGGAAUACUGUUGAGACAAAGUUUCAGUCAAGUUGUUAAUGUUAAAGAAUGAAAGAUAUUGUCUAUAUUAUGUACAAAUGAAACUGAAGAGGUAAACCUAUCCAACAAGUUACGUUUUUGGACUAGAGAAACCAUAAAUAAAUAAUUCUUUGUUUUUAAUAA